GGGGGCUGCUACGCCCGAGUCGAGUGUGUGGGCGGGAGAGCGGGUGUUUUCCGUGGCGGGACUUGGAGUCUCCCGUUGCAUUUGAUUCGUGCAGUAAUUCUGCCCUUGCGGUGGAGGGUGUAGACACGCAGUGGAGUUUGGAAUAAAGGAAACUGUUGAGUCUGAGACACAGGUUUGCUUCUCUUUAGCGCCUUAUUAUGCAGAAAGAAGACUGAACUAGGUAACUUCAAUGACCCAAGAUAAAGUUAGGAAGUCGGUAAAUUUAAAGAAUGCGUUCGAUGUACCAGUUCAGUAUUAGUUACUUAGAGACCUAUAAAAAAAGUGUAAAACAGGCCUUUUUCUGGCGGAUAUCUGAGUCUAGUUGAGACAAGGUCAACUCGGAUUCACAGAAUGACUCAUCUUGAGUUGGUAUGGACAAAUGUUGGACUACUUGGCGCCUUUUUCCGUCCUGUAAAUCUAUAAUGGGCACACACUGCUUUUUCUCUUAAGAGGAGGUGAACGGGCCCAUCAUUCCUACAGAAAAAUCAGAAACGAAUACAGGGUAGUUUAUACUUCUACCCACCAGCACACACAGACCAGGCCUCUAACCAUUCCUUGGGAGCGUGCGUGCCAGCAGCCUGGAAUCCAGAGCCUCUCCUGGAGUCUGCACAAUCAAUCCAGAUUGAAGCCGGUGUCUUCUAGAGAGAAGGAAGUGCAUCCAGGGCGCAGCUGAAUUUUGAGAGGCCCGAAUGCCUCCACAUCCACCAGGGGACCGCUGCGACUAAUUCUCUUGGCAAACUUGUGGCCAGCCAAAGCUACCAUGCUUCACAUCCCCGUUAUUUUUGGUUACCGCCCAAGAUUGGCUUACAGAAGAGAUGAAAUGUGGUCUGAAGGACGAUAUGACUAUGAAAGACUUCCAAGAGAACGAGUACCUCCUCGAAAUCACCCCAGUGAUGGCUACCAUAGAGUAGUUAAUAUUGUGCCAAAGAAACCAUCACUGCUAGACAGACCUGGUGAAGGAAGCUACAGUAGAUAUUACAGUCAUGUUGAUUACCAAGAAUAUGACGAGGGCCGCAGUUUUUCUCAUGAUCGAAGAAGUGGUCCACCUCACAGAGGAGAUGAAUCUGGCUAUAGGUGGACAAGAGAUGAUCAUUCUGCAAGUCGACAGCCUGAGUACAGGGACAUGAGAGAUGGCUUUAGAAGAAAAAGUUUCUAUUCUUCCCAUUACACGAGAGACCGGUCUCCUCAUAAAAGAGACACUCCUUUUUUCAGAGAAUCACCUGUAGGUCGGAAGGAUUCUCCACACAGCAGGUCUGGCUCCAGUGUCAGUAGUAGAAGCUACUCUCCAGAAAGAAGCAAAACGUACUCUUUCCAUCAAUCUCAACAUAGAAAGUCCAUCCGUGCUGGUGCCUCCUACAAACGGCAGAAUGAAGGAAAUCCAGAAAGAGGUAAAGAGAGACCUGUUCAGUCUUUGAAAACAUCAAGAGACACUUCACCCUCAAGUUCUUCAGCAGUUCCUCCAUCAAAGGUGUUAGACAAACCCAGUAGGCUAACUGAAAAGGAACUUGCUGAGGCUGCAAGCAAGUGGGCUGCUGAGAAACUAGAGAAGGCAGAUGAGAGUAACUUACCUGAAAUUGAGUAUGAGGCAGGAUCCACAGCACCAUUGUUUAUUGAGCAGCCAGAGGAACCUGAGUCAAAUGCAGCAGAUGGCAUAGAAUUGUUUGAAGACAGUCAACUAAGCAGUCGCUCUAAAGCAAUAGCAUCAAAAACCAAAGAGAUUGAACAGGUUUACCGACAAGACUGUGAAACUUUCGGGAUGGUUGUGAAAAUGCUGAUUGAAAAAGAUCCUUCAUUAGAAAAGUCUGUACAAUUUGCAUUGAGACAGAAUUUACAUGAAAUAGGUGAGCGGUGUGUUGAAGAACUCAAGCAUUUCAUUGCAGAGUAUGACACCUCUAGUCAAGAUUUUGGAGAGCCUUUUUAGAAAAUUACUUGCUCAGGCAACAAAAAUGUUUCUAGGGGUUUGUUUGUUUUUUUCCCCCUGGAUUGUGUAAAUCCUUAAUAUAUGGAAUUUUUGUGAUGAAGAGAAAAUACUUUGAUAGUUGACUACAUCUCCAAUGUCAAGAAACAUCUAAAAUAGUCUAAGAUAUUUUAAUUAGCAUUUUUAAAAUCUACAUGUAGAGCCUCAUAAUCCAUACUUCUGUUUUUCCCCCCUAAAAUGAUGGGUCAGUUAAUUUUUCAAGCUUUGAAAAAGCAGUCCUGGAGAACAGCUCAUGUUCUAUUGUCUUCUAUAGUAUGCGAUCAUUUGUUUUGGUCACACUAGUGUAAUUUAUUAGGUUAGAGAUCAUUCCACUUAAAACAUUUAUAGUCUUUUUGCAUUUCAUAGUCAGUGAAACCAUGUGAAAAUGUUAGAAUUCUGAGUUGUGAUUUUAUUGACUUGUUGCUUGCUUAUUUUAGGCUUUGUAACUUUUAUUAUGUUCAAGUAUACCAUCCAAAUAAACUGAAUACUUAAGCAUCUACAGAAUAUUUGCUUUGAGAUUCUCAUUGUGGUAAAAUACAGCACUUAAAUCUCAAAAAGACCUCAUAAUAAAAUUCUUUUCCAAGUAAAUGAACUCAAUGUUUUGUGUUAAAAUAAUCCUGAAACUCCUAACCAUUCUCAUAGAUAUGAGUCUUAAACAAUAUCAUAUACAAGAAAGAGAAGGGACAGUUUGAAAUAAAAGAGAGCUCUUUUCAAGUUGAAGUUUCUUUAGAAUCUUCUAAUUGAAAGAGAAAAAUUUAGAAUAUGAGGGAGUAGUACUGGAGUUUCAUUUUUUUCCCCAGGCCCAUAUUUUUCAUCUCAAAGAAGGUCCUUGAUAAUAUAUCCAUAAUCAAACCAUUUAUAGAUUAUGCCUUUGUUAAUCUCUGUUUGUAGUCUUAACAAGAUCUUUGUUCUGAUGCCCUUUUUAGGGGUCCUCAAAAGUGUCCUUUAAAGAAACAAAGCAGAGUAGGCAGUAAAUCCAGCACAAUUACCCCUCACCAAGCAGUCUGUGUAAACAGUUCUUCAUGAGUGAGCCAUCCAAAUCACGAGUUUACUGGGACCAUUAGGAUAUUCCACUCAUUUCCUGAUCCCUUCCAGCUGACCAGUGGCAUUUAGCCAAAAUAUGUAUUUGUGUGGCAUUAGGAAACCUUAAAAAUCAUGCUUGUUAUUACUACCCGGUUUCAUUAUCCCCCCAUCCUCUUUCCAUUUCCAUUCUCUUCUCACUUAAAUUCUGGUGUUAUCUUUAGUGGCCUAUAUUGAUAAUAUCUAAAGAGCUACUCCAGAAGAGAUAAAAAUGAUAUUAAAAGUAGAAACAGCAGUACAUUUGGUGAAUCCUAUAAUAUGUAUUAUGCCAUUCCUCAGAUGUAAAAACUACUUGAACACAACAAUUAUUUUCUUAAGUUUCCUAUAUGAGAUUUCCUUGAACUCUUAUUUUUUGCCAUUUAGAUAUUGUACAUAAAACUAAACCCCACAUGUCACCUCUGGUAGUCUAAUUCCCUAAUUAUGAACAGUGAUUUUAUUUGUUACCCACUGAGAAAGACCAAGAAAGUACUGAUACUGUUUCUUUCCCUACCCCCUUGUUUUUCUUUUCCUUAAAUAUUCUGAUUCCAGGAUUUAAUUCCUUUAGUCAAGAUGUCACAUGUUUAAAAAUAAAAGUUAAGACACUACCACCAAGGCAAAGGAUUUGUUCAUUUCGUUGAAAUUCAUUAAACUGGAAAUUCAUUCAACUAGAGGUUUUACUUACAGACUCAUUUAAAUGUAGGUUCGACCAAUACUUUCUUCUUCUCCCCUUCCCCCAAAUUACAUUCAACACUUAAAGCUGUUUAUACCUUGCCAUCAGCAUUAUUCUGAUAGGCUUGUCAGUGUUAAAUCUGUUUGUUUUUGACAGCUUUUUAAAGACCAAUUUUAGGAUAGUUGAAUUCAGAUAUGUACCAGAGUUGUAUUUUGCAAAAUGUCCUUGAUUAAAGAAAUUUGUAAAUUAUCCAUUGUUUUUGAGUAUGCCCAAUUAAUAUGAUAAAUUUUUCAUUGUCUUACCAUAAAGCCUUGAUGAUCAACAGGGGGAAAGCACUAUUGUGAAGCUUUUUGUGAAUUUUAAAAGUGCAAAAUAAAGCAACUAGGUUUAAA